AUGCCAGAUGAGAGUCCAGCUAAACGGAAAAUAGAUUUGGAGGAUAGUACAAUCAAUGCUAAAUUGAAGCGGACGAAGCUGAUUGGUCAUGAGGAUUUGACAUCAAGUAUACUUGCUGAAGUCAAGAGAACAUUUGAAGAUCGCAUUGCCAAGCUAGAGUCAAGAGUUGAGGCUUUGGAAGAGAUAUUAAAGGUUGAUAAUAAAAAAGGGGGUAAGCAGGAAAAGUCAAUUGAGGUCUCUGACGCAGAUACAAUGGUAGAUAAUGGGAACAGGGUUGAGCAACAAGAACAAACAAAGCUGAAGGAAGAACCACCAAGUAAACACCCGCCGGCUCUUCCACCUAGAAAUAAGGAAAUUUUUGGAAAAGGUGGCUCAUUUCAAUUUAAAAAAACUUCCGAGCUCUCUCCCGAACUUGGUGUGAAAAAAAAUGGACAAGACUGUAUCAACAGUGAAGCACACAAAGAACCAUCGUCAUCGUCGUCAUCGUCGUUGCGUAGUAUACCAAUAAGUUCCAAACCUGUAUUUGGAGCAACUACAUCUUUCGGCAACAUGGCCAAGAACCUGAAUCCGUUGAAAACCAAACUAGACAUAAAUUCGUCAGCUGCUACUGCUGCUGCCCCUGCUGCCCCUACUGCCCCUGCUGCUGCUGCUGCCGCUGCGACAGAAACAGCAACUGCUGUUGCUUCUACUGCUACUGCUGCAACACAAAAUUCAGCAAAAUUCCCCGUCCCUGGAUCGACUUUUAAAUCAACAUUUGGAUCGAAAUCUCGUUUUGGUAACGCUUUUCAGGAGUCCCUUAAGCAAAAGUCUUUUCUCGACAAUACCAGCGAUACGACUACUUCAAUUCAAGACAAAACCACUAGACCCGAUAGUAAAGAUGAGUUGCAAACGACGACAACGACGCAACAGUUUCAGCAAGUUGACUUGAAUCCAGUAGAACAAAGUACGGGUGAAGAAGACGAAAAAUCCUUGUUUACAUCAAACGCAAAAUUAUUUGAACUUAAUCUAUCCAAGAUAAGUGAAGGUUGGAAAGAACGAGGUGUGGGGCCCUUACAUUUGAAUCAGUCCCAGAAAGAUAAGAAAUUGGUAAGAAUAGUGAUGAGAUCUCAAGGUUUGUUGCGAGUUAUAUUGAAUUAUAAAAUUCAAGUGGAUACAGCAGUAAUGAAAGGCUUGGAAGCAAGUUUAUCUCCAGGAAAGUACUUUCGACUAAACUCAAUAAACUCUGAAGGGCAGCCAAUACAAUAUCUUAUAAAACUAGCCAAUGAGAAACUCAGAGAUGAGUUGAUUAACGAAAUAGACAAAUUAAAGUUGGAGAUGAAAUAA